AUGGCCAAGACUAAAAAACUAGCCAAAGAGAGCGUCGUGCGGUUAACAAGUUGGACCCGGUUUUACCUCCCGCGGGAGCAGGAGUGGCCGACGUGGUCGGUAGGCCAAGCUGGUGGUGGCCAUUAUGGCCCACUCAAGGGCGUGAAAGGUUGUUUUAUGGCAUCUCUGGGGAGAAAGGUUGAUGACCCUGAAGAGGCCGUCUAUAUCAUUGAAUGGACUACUAUGGAAGCCCUGGAGAGCUUCCAGUCUUCUCCCGCCUGCGCAGAGUUCCUGCGGGGUCUCCCCGAGAACAACGACGAGUCGCAAGUCGCAGUCGAGUCCGGCUCAGCGCUAAGGAGAAUAACGUUGGACGAUACUUCCUCAUCGACAGCACCUGCAGCAUCGCGUUUCCUCGUAUUUAAGCAUAUCACUUCAAGCCCCAGCUCGAACCUAGAGGAAGGCCGGGUCGUUGUGACUUCCUUUUUGGUGCCGCAAACAGUUGACGACGUGACUCGCAUGUGGACAGAUCAUUUCUACAAACCAUUCCAGUACUUUGUGCCCCGCGGCUUCGAGCCCGUGGUAGCCACAGGCAGCUUUCUGUCCAAGUUCUCACACGAGUGGUUCGGGGUUCUCUCGGAAGACCGCUGGGUAGAGGGCAAGUUUGGAAAGCUGGACGACGGCCAGGGUCGGACGAUCAUCUCCCACUUCCACCUGUGGCCAUGGGACCGCGGUGCCACCCCGGAGAUGGAGGCGGCGUCGGCGGCGGACCCGGAGGCGAGAGAGGCGUGGGAUCGGGUUAUAGCGCAGGUCAUGCCCCCGGCGACCGCCUGGGUACAGGAGCGAUGGGAGAUUCGAUUUAUGCCUCCCCCGCCUAAGCCUGAAUAUGAUUCGGGGGAGCUUUCCGAGUAUCAAAAAGACAAAGUGGAACGCCUUAUGUCGUUCCGCGAGGCGAAUGGUCCCAAGAAGGAUUAA